ACCAACGAUAACAACACCACGCUCACGGCGACAAUCUCUUUUAUUUUUCACAAUUUAUUUUUUGGACUGGCUUUUGGCCAAAUUGAUUAAAGAAGUGUGUGUCUGUGUGUGAGCACGUCAGAGUGUGCGAUUCAUUAAACAAAAAGCAAGAACCAGAUUACUCAAUAUCAAAGUGCAAUAUAUAUUUUUUUGCCGCGCGACACUAUUUUAUAAAUAUAAAGAUCGAAAGUAAAGGUUUUUUUCUGGCAAUUUGUUGGUUUUCCCAUGGCAGAGUGGCUGGCUAAAUAAAUUAAAUGCAAUAAACGCAUGCCUAAACAUUGAAGCAACGUCCGCAACGGCGACAAUCAAAAUCGACGAAAAAUAACAAAAAUUGUGACAGCAAUCGCAAGAGGCCCAGCAAGUAACAAAUACAACAGUGAAAAUGAGAGAAGUGAUGAAACAUUUAGCGCAAUCAAUGGUGUAAAUAGUAAAAUAAACCACAUCAAAGCCGUGCACACGUAUGCACACAUGUGCAUGUACAUGCGUACAAACAUAAACAAAAGCAGGAUAGAUCAUAUCCUUUUGCAGGCCCCGGCGGAACGCUUGUGUUAAAUAUCGAUUUUGUGCCCUGCGCGCCUCUCGCCUGUUUCGUCUAUAUAUAUAUAUAUAUAUAUAUGAGUGUAUGUGUGUAUGAAAGGUGUCCAAAAAAGCAAUAAUUGUGAUAUCGAUACCGAUAACGAUACCGCAAAGUACAACACGGAAACACAAAUACAAACAAACAAUUUGAGCGCGUUAUCAAAAGCACAAGAGCAACAACAACAAUUUUGUAGCUCGACAGCCGGCGCGUUGUUUUUGGUUGUUUUGCGUGACUGUAGGAAGCUUUUAUUUUAUUUUAUUUUAUUUUUUUUUUGGUUUUUUUUUUUGUUUUUUUUUUAAUUUAUGCUAACUAACGUUAAGCUAACCUACAACAAUAGUGGAGCAGUACGUUGACAACAACGACGACGACGACGACGACGCGACUGCAACUUAACAAAACUCGAUUUGUAAUUGCGGUAAGAAGAGAACUUCUUACCAAUGAUUUCGCUGGUGCAAAUGAAAUUUCAUGCGCUGCUUAUGCUGCUAUCGAAGGUUUGGACAUGCAUUUGUUUCAUGUUCAAUCGACAAGUGCGAGCUUUUAUCCAGUAUCAGCCGGUUAAAUAUGAACAAUUCCCGCUGUCACCGGUAUCCCGCCAUCGCCUCAGCCUGGUGCAGCGAAAAACCUUGGUGCUGGAUCUGGACGAGACGCUGAUACACUCACAUCACAAUGCCAUGCCCAGGAAUACGGUAAAGCCUGGCACGCCGCACGAUUUCACCGUCAAAGUGACUAUCGACAGGCAUCCAGUGAGGUUCUUUGUGCACAAGCGACCGCAUGUUGAUUACUUUUUGGAAGUGGUAUCGCAGUGGUAUGAUCUGGUUGUUUUUACGGCCAGCAUGGAAAUCUAUGGGGCUGCUGUGGCCGACAAACUUGACAAUGGCCGCAAUAUACUGCGGCGUCGCUACUACAGACAACACUGCACGCCCGACUAUGGCUCCUAUACCAAAGAUUUGUCAGCCAUAUGCAGUGAUUUGAAUAGGAUAUUUAUAAUUGACAAUUCACCAGGGGCAUACCGUUGCUUUCCAAACAAUGCAAUACCCAUUAAAAGUUGGUUCUCCGAUCCAAUGGAUACGGCACUGUUAUCCCUGCUACCCAUGCUGGACGCGUUGCGAUUCACAAACGAUGUACGUUCGGUAUUAUCACGAAAUCUACACCUGCAUCGCCUUUGGUAGCGGGUGUGUUGCCACCAAAUGUUGCUAAUGCACUAAGCAAAUGCGUUCGAAAAGUUAGUAAAUAAUAAUUGCAAUUAACGUUUUACAACAAUUGAAUUAAUAACAACAACAAAAACAACAUGAAUGAAUGAAUGGUGGUGCUGUGACACAUAACGAAUUUUUUUUUUCAGUACGAUUAUGCUAAUUAAUAGACGAGACAUGUUUGUAAUAGAGGAAUACUAUAUCUACUUCACUUCACAAUUAUUGCAAAUUUUUUAAUUGAAACAAACCCUUCGGUUUUUUUUUUAUUUUGAUUAUGAUCAUUAUUAUUGAUCAAUUGUUUUCAUGCGUGUGUACGUGUGCUAGAAAACUAGAAAAUUAAACAAAUUUUCGGGUUAUUUGUACUAUACGAAAGAGGCCAGUCUCUAACACACACAGUAUGUUAAAAGGAAAGUUACAACUAAACUAGAAACUAGAAAAA